AUGCAGUCCGGCAUGGUCGGUGCCGCUCCUUCUAUCGCCCAGCAGGUCCAGGACCAGACCGAGCGCGAUUGCGAGACGUGGCAAGACUUGAUCACGGCGCAGGACGACUUUGUCGCGACCCUCCUCCAGCACCGCGCCGAGCUCCAGCACCGCCUCGCCGAGGCCCAACAGCAGUCGUCGGCUCUCAAGGAGCAGAGUGCGAGUGCGAGGGCGGAGCAGGAGAGGCUUGUCGGCAUCGGCCAGCUCGAGGCGCAGGUCGCCCAGGCUCGCGAGACCUACCAGGAGCACCUCAAGGCGCAGGAAGAAGCCGAGAAGACGCUCGCCAACCUCGACGCCCAGCUCGCCCAGCUCAACCUCCGGUCGACCCAGCCCGUCGAGCCGCUCAAGGCGGGCGUGCGCGCCAAGGCCGACAGGAGCCCGCCGCUCGUUCUCGUCCUCAUCAACGGCACGGUCGCGCCCUUCUCGGACGCGCUCAUCCAGAAGGGGACGGCGGGCGGCAGGGAGGCGUCCUCUCUUCUGCGCGGCCAGAUCGAGCUCGACAUCAGCAGCCUCUCGACCGAGGGCGAGCUCAAGGGUCUGUGUUUCCUGUACUACGACCGCCUGCAGGUCAUCCCGUCGCUCGAGCGCAGCCGUGUCAUCAGCAACCCGUCUACUUGGCGCAACUUUGUCGACGGCUUCUCGCGUGUCACGGGCAACUUCAUCAUCGACGUCGCCAACAGCGCGCCCGCCGAGGAGCACAUGGCGGCCGUCCUGAGCAAGGUCGGCUUCAUGUCGAACGUGCAGCAGGUCUACCUCGCCGGCGUCCACCCGGAGCACGGCGUCAGCGACGUCGUCGAGCAGCAGCCCGACGCGACCGCUCAGCUCGGCGAGGCCUUUCUGGUUCGUCAUCUUCCCCUGCCGGCCAUGGGCGAGCUCGCCGACUCGACCAUCGAGCUCGCCGGCGUGUUCGAGUCGUCGAUCGCCCUGCCUCUCGCCUCCAAGCCGGGUCAACGCUCGAUUCACGUCAAGCCCCCUUCUCCGGCGAGCAUCUACGAAGGAGUGUCGCGUCCGGCAGCGGCGAGCACGACUAGCGCAUCUAUCCGACAGGUGCAGCUCUCGCCCGAGCGCCAGACGGUCAAGAUUGACCCGAACCGAGGGCUCCUGCACCAGGGUCCGAUGGUCUGCUUCCACCACUACCUCUCGCCGAGGGGAUGCACUCGCGCCCAGUGCGCCCACUCGCACGGCUACGAGAUGACCGAGGGGCAGCUGCGUCGGCUGCGCGAGGACGUCGGGACCUACCCGUGCAAGGAGCUUCGCGAAACUGGCUACUGCACGCACGCAGCGCGACGCGACGAGAUGUGCAUGUUCUCGCACGACAAGAAGAUCCUCGCUCGGUGGAGGACGUGAUGGGGGAGGAGCAAGGAGGGAGGCGAGAUUGGCUUGGUCGGGCGCUUGAGAUGUAAUGCUCUU